AACCACGUCGCCAUUUUCGUUUCGUUCCUUGCCACAAAAAUUUUCACACGGAACGCCGCACUGAAAAAUCGGUUUUUACUUUUUAAAGCGUGUUUGAAACUAUAAAAGUUCGCGUGGCUUCAGUCUGUAAGUUGUUAGUGUGCAGGUGGUGAAGAAAGCAUGAGCGCCACGCCGCCGGACCUACUUUCGUUGGCGGCGUCCCGAGAAGUCUCGGCCGCAGUCGCAGUCGCCGCCUCUGCCAACGGAGGCAGCGGCAAAAGCGCUGAUAAGGAGCGCUCCCGUUCCAGGGAUCGUGGGAGGGAUAAGGACAGAGACAAGGAAAAGGAUCGGGACAAGGACAAGAAAAAAAGGGAUAAAGACAGCAGGGACCGCGACAGUCGCCGUCGGGACGAUCGCGGCGACCGUGAUCGUGAUCGUGACCGAGAACGCGACCGCGACCGGGAUUCCCGCUCGCACCGCAGCAAGUCCCGCAAUUACGACGACGGAGACAGACGAAGGAAGCGAUCGCGCAGCAGGGAUCGUGAUCGUGACCGCAAGCGGGACAGAGAUCGUGACUCCCGCUCCAGGCGCAGCAGCUCGCGGGGUGGACGCGAUGAUUAUGACCGGAGUCGUCGACGCCGCUCACGCAGUCGCAGCUAUGAGCGCCGGCGCAAUGAUCGAGGCGGACAGAGAGAUCAACGAGACCAGCCUUUGCAAAGGAGCAGCCGGGAACGCACGCACGUCAACCCCUUCGACACAUCCAACAGUCGAAACCCUCUAAAUCAGGAUCAUGAUCAACCCAGAAUCCCAUCACUCUUCGACCGACAGCAAGGAUUGGAAACCAUCAGGGAGGAGGGACGUGAGCAGCGGUUUGACCUAACCCAGACCAUCCAGGAGCUAAUGGGCAAUGCCGGAGGCAACAAAGGAUUCGCUUCGUUCUUCAACAACCAGAACAGCAACGACUCCACCAGCAAUGGGGCAUUCGAUAACUCAGCGGACAGCGCUGCCGAGCGGAAGAGGAAGCGCAAGUCUCGCUGGGGUGGCAGUGAAAACGACAAAACCUUUAUUCCUGGAAUGCCCACAAUUCUGCCCUCCACCCUGGACCCAGCUCAGCAGGAGGCCUACCUAGUUCAAUUUCAAAUCGAGGAGAUUAGCCGCAAGCUGCGAACCGGCGACCUGGGCAUCACGCAGAAUCCGGAAGAAAGAUCCCCCUCGCCGGAGCCCAUUUAUAGCUCUGAUGGCAAGCGGUUGAACACCCGUGAGUUCCGCUACAGAAAGCGACUAGAAGAACAGCGUCAUCAACUGAUCGUCAAAAUGCAGACGGUCAACCCCGAGUUUAAGCCACCAGCGGAUUACAAACCGCCGGUCACUCGCGUAAGCGACAAAGUGCUGAUUCCACAAGAGCAGCACCCUGACAUCAAUUUUGUGGGCCUGCUCAUCGGUCCGCGAGGCAACACGCUCAAGGCUAUGGAGAAGGAUACGGGCGCCAAGAUCAUAAUUCGCGGCAAGGGAUCGGUGAAGGAGGGCAAAGUGGGGCGAAAGGAUGGCCAACCAUUGCCGGGCGAGGAUGAGCCGCUGCAUGCCUUUAUUACCGCGCCCAAUCCAGAGGCGGUGCGCAAAGCAGUGGACAAAAUCAAAGACGUAAUUCGUCAGGGUAUUGAAGUGCCCGAGGGCCACAACGAUCUCCGCAGAAUGCAGUUGCGAGAACUGGCUCAACUUAAUGGAACUCUUCGAGAGAACGAUAUCCAACGCUGUACAUGCGGUUCAACGGACCACAAGUCCUGGCAAUGUCCGGAUAAGCCGAUCAUCACGAAUACUAUAGUGUGCACCUCAUGUGGCGGUACCGGUCAUUUGACGAAGGAUUGCCGCAACAAGCGCCCAGGAUCAGGAGCCCCUGGCAUGGCCUGUGAGGAUUCCCAGGCUAAGAUUGACGAGGAGUAUAUGAGUUUGAUGGCCGAAUUGGGAGAAGGACCACCGCCGCCAUCCGCUUCUGCUAAGCCCGAUCCACCGGCCAGUAAUGGACCCCAGUUGCACCGGGCCAGCUACAGCAUUUUUGACAAGAAACCCUCCCAGAUGCAGGCCAUCCAGUCACCACCGAGCUCCUCGUCGCGAGAUCACCAGCGCGACCUGGGCGGAUGGGGAGCGGCGGCGCACGAUCACGGCAUGGGCAUGGAGCACGGUAUGGGUUUGGACCAGCACGGUCACGGUUUGGCAGCGAUGGAUCACGGCAUGAGUCUUGGCAUGGAGCACGCAAUGGCGGCCUAUGUACCGGCACCGCCGGGCGCCCAAGCACCGCCUCCGAUGCCACCGCCGCUGAUGCCGUGGAUGAGCGCACCGCAACCUCCGCCGCCGGCUACAGAACCGCUGAAUCCACCUAUACCGGGCACGUUGCCACCGCUGAUCCCGCCGCCACCCGGAACCAGUGCCCCGCCCAUGCCGCCGUGGGGUGGAGGCGCUUACAGUGGCUGGGGCGGCGGCUAUGCGCCGCCUCCACCUCCGCCCUGCGCCCCGCCGCCACCAGCCUUGAGCCUGUCGCAGCCGCCGCCACCUCCACCGCCAACCGCUUGAGCUUUCGCAUCUUGUAAGAUCGAUCACUAGAACACUCAGAUGCUCCUACGAUAGUGCUCGACCCUGUGAGACUGUCCCUGCAAUCAAUUAUGAACGUAAUUUGAAUCCCCGACCAUAAUAUUCGCUUUCACCAUUAAUGAUAAUCGAGACAAACCUACAAAACUAAUUUGUAUUUACUAUGCUUCAAAUAAAGGACGGAAUUAAAUAGUUAUUAAUUCAAUUAAACCACUAAA